ACAGUACAACCAAAGACGGCCGCUAUUUAACUGAAACCUGGAAGAAACUUUCAUUUCUUCAUCGUCUUCAAGAUUUAGGACUCGACAAAAGCACUCUCUUUCUCUGGGCAAUUCACAAAUGAGGCAUAAUCACCAAGAACCCACCAACUCAUUCCCCAAAUUUCACUUUUUUAAAUGACGAAACUACCCACUUCCCCCUCCUCCGUCGCCGUUACUCUUCUGACCGUGAUUAUACUAUCCAUUUCCUCUUUUCCGUCACUCACCCAUGCUCUGGGCUCCGGCUCUACCAUCGCCAUCAGUUACGGCUCGGCCACCGUCUGCGCCGUUGUGGCAAGUCAGCCCACGCAACGUAUCGUCUGUUACAAUGAAAGCUCAUUAACCCCCAUCCAAAUCCAACCCAACAUCUCCUACUCUUAUAUUUCCGGCGGCCAAAAUUACUUCUGUGCCAUUCGCUCUGAUGGCUAUAGUCUUCUCUGUUGGUACACGACUGGAGUUUCCAGUUUUCUCCCCAAAAGAAUAUACUAUAACGACACCGUUUUGUUAGACAAUCUGGCCGUCGGAAAUGACCACGUUUGCGCUAUCACAACUGAUGGCCAAGUUGAGUGUUGGAGAGGAUCCGUUAGCAACAGUAGUGAUAACUUUCCUUCUCAGGAAGAAAAAUUCGGGUCAAUAACAUCUGGGUUCGGGUUUUCAUGCGGAAUCUUGAUCAGUACAAGUAGAGUUCGUUGCUGGGGGAAUAAUUCAAUAUCCAGACAAAUCGAAACUGAAUUUACUAACAACUCCAUGUUGAGUAUAGUUGCAGGCGCUUCACACGUGUGCGGGAUAGAUUCCAAUGGUUUUCUAAUUUGUCACGGAAACAAUCAAAUGGGACAGUUGAACAUUCCGUUACAUUCUUCCGGGUUUAGUUCGUUAGCUCUUGGAGAAAAUCACAGUUGCGGGAUUCGAUUGAAUGGAUCGGUUGAUUGUUGGGGCGGGGGAGGGGAGUAUUCAGUAAACGAAACUGAAGGAAUUUCGUUUGAAUCGAUUGUUUCGGGUUCGAAUUUCACCUGCGGAUUAACAACGAGAAAUUUUUCGGUAAUGUGUUGGGGACCCGGAUGGUCUAAUGGGUCAAAUUCAGGGUUUUUGAUUCCAUUUGGUGGUGAAAUUCUUCCAGGGCCUUGUGUGCGAUCAUCUUGCGGCGAGUGUGGGAUUUAUCCCCAAUCUGAUAUAUUGUGUUCGGGUUUUGGUACAAUUUGCAAGAGCAAUAUUUCUUGUUAUGAACCAGUUCAAUCACCGCCGUUGAUUCCUCCUCUGCCGCAACCGCCAUCAUCCCCAGUUUCGCCUAGAACAUCUAGGGAAUUGACAAGGGGUUUACUGGCGUUUGCCAUUGUUGGAUCAAUAGGUUCUGUUAUUGGUAUUUGUACUAUAAUUUAUUGUUUGUGGACUGGAGUUUGUUUUGGGAACAAGAAAAUUCAUAAUUCUGUUCAGCCAACUAUUACUAGAGCUGGCUCUAACGGUGGGGCAGCAUCCAAUAAUAGUCCUCUUUCACGGUCAUCGACAAUUCGGCGUCAGGGUUCGAGGGUUUUGACAAUGAAACGUCAGAGGAGUGGGACUUCGUCGAAGCAUGCUGAUAGAGCAGAGGAAUUUUCAUUUGCAGAGCUCGCUGCUGCUGCAGGUAAUUUUUCCUUGGAGAACAAGCUUGGUGCUGGUAGUUUUGGUGUGGUUUAUAAAGGGAAAUUGACGGAUGGUCGUGAGGUUGCAAUUAAGAGAGGGGAAACGGGUCAAAAGAUGAAGAAAUUUCAAGAGAAAGAGAGUGCAUUUGAAUCAGAAUUGGCCUUCUUAUCAAGGCUUCAUCAUAAGCAUUUGGUGAGGCUUGUUGGGUAUUGUGAAGAGAAAGAAGAGAAGCUCUUGGUGUAUGAGUAUAUGAAAAAUGGAGCACUUUAUGAUCAUUUACAUGACAAGAACAACGUUGAGAAGAGUAGUAGUGUGAUAAAUUCAUGGAAAAUAAGGAUCAAAAUCGUCUUAGAUGCUUCGCGAGGAAUUGAGUAUCUUCACAAUUAUGCAGUUCCACCUAUUAUUCAUAGAGAUAUCAAAUCUUCAAACAUUCUAAUAGAUGCACAUUGGACAGCAAGAGUAUCUGAUUUUGGAUUAUCAUUGAUGGGUCCUGAGUCUGAACGAGAUUUCAGGCCGAUCAAAGCAGCCGGAACAGUAGGGUACAUUGAUCCAGAAUACUAUGGAUUAAAUGUUUUAACCACAAAGAGUGAUGUGUAUGGAUUUGGUGUGGUGUUGCUUGAGAUUUUAACUGGGAAAAGAGCAAUAUUCAAGACUGAUGAAAAUGGAGGAGCCCCUGUAAGUAUAGUUGAUUUUGCAGUUCCGGUAAUUAUGUCCGGAGAAUUGCCCAGAAUAUUGGACAAAAGGGUUGGUACACCGGAGCUCAAUGAAGCAGAAGCAGUAGAGCUUGUGGCAUACACUGCAAUGCAUUGUGUGAAUUUGGAAGGAAAAGAGAGGCCUACAAUAACUGAUAUUGUUGCUAAUUUGGAGAGGGCAUUGACUCUUUGUGAAGGCAGCCAUGGCAGCAUCUCUAGCGGUGCAAUCUCAAUUGUUUCUGAGUGAAAUUCAUUACAAAACAAGAUUUUUUUAUUGAGUUUAAUUUAAAUUACAAAAAUUUUGGAUAAAUUUGCAUUGUUUAGAAUUUGGGAGUGUAAAGAAAUUAGUUAGGAAGUUUCAUCCUCUAACAUUGAGCUUGUAGUUUCUUCAGGUUUUUAUGAACACUAACAAGGAGAAAUGACUACAUUUUUCUUUCCUCAA